UAUACGAGGGGAUAUCUGCUCGAGGGACUAGAAACCAAUCCCGUCCUUCACCCAUCGCGUUGGUUCGCCUGGCCGCCUCCGCGUCUCCUCCGACCUCCGCGCGGCCGGCCGGCCGUCCACCCGCGGCUCCGCUCCGGCUGUGCCCGUCGCGCGCGCGCUUCCUCUAGGGUUAGGGUUUUCCGUCUCCGGCCGCCAGGUUUGCUGCCGCGGCCGUCGCCGUCCAAUGGGGAGCCCGCCGCCGCCGCGCCGCCGGUGCUGCGCGAUCCAGGGUUUCGUGGUGUUGUUCCUCGUCUACGUGCUCGCGGUGCUUGUGCUCGCCGGCGGCGAGCUCUUCCGCGACGACCACCCGCUCGACCUCCGCUUCCCCUCCUCUCCUGGAAUUGGAUCCUCCUCCUCCUCCUCCGCUCGAUUCCUCCUCUCGCCUCGCUCGUUGCUGCUUCGUCUCGGGGAGAUCGCGAGCCGUCGGGGCAGGUGGUGGCGACCGGAAUCGGACUCUCCGACGAGCGGCGGACGAAAGGACGGGAACAGUUCGACCACGGAGGCGUGUUCGCGGCGGUGCGCCGCCUCCGGCCUGAUGGGGAUAUCGCUGCGCCUCGCCGAGCAGUUCUCCGCGGAGGAGGACGGCGGCGGCGGCGGCGGCAACCUCGUCUUCUCGCCGCUGUCCAUCUACUCCGCGCUCUCCGUGGUCACCGCCGGCGCGCGGGGCACCACCCUGACCGAGCUGCUCGCCGCCCUCGGCGCGCCGUCCCGCGACGCGCUCGCCAAGAACGCCGCCGAGAUCGCGCGCGCCCUCGCCGGCGGCACGGCGACGGGCGGGCCCCGCGUCGCGCACGCGUGCGGCCUCUGGCACGAGCGGACGAGGUCGCUCAAGCUGGCGUUCCGGGACGCCGCCGCCGCCUCCUUCAACGCCGCAACCCGCGCCGUCGACUUCCUCGCCAACCCGGAAGAAGCGAGGAAGGAGAUCAACAGCUGGGUUGCGGCCGCGACGGAGAACCUCAUCGACACGAUCCUCCCGCCGGGGUCGGUGAGCACGGACACGGGUCUCGUGGUCACCAGCGCCAUCUACUUCAACGGCACAUGGCAGACGCCAUUCCGAAAGCAGGACACCAAGAAGGACAAGUUCCACCUCCUCGACGGCCACGGCACCGUCGACGCGGACUUCAUGCGCACCGGCGAGGACCAGUACAUCGCGGCGCACGACGGGUUCAAGGUGCUCAAGAUGCCGUACGCCCACGACCACGCGGCGCCACAACCCUCGCCGCGGUACUACUCCAUGUACAUCCUCCUCCCCGACGAGCGCGACGGCCUGUCCAGCCUCGAGGACAGGAUGGCGGCGGCCGGUGGCGGCGGCGGCGGCGAGGGCUUCCUCAGCGAGCACAUGCCGGUGCGACGCGUCGAGGUCGGCGAGUUCAGGAUCCCCAGGUUCAAGCUCUCCUUCAGCCGCAGCGUCGUGCGCGCGCUCCGGGGUGUCGGGGUGAACGCCGUGUUCGAUCGGGCCGAGCUGCCGGACAUGAUCGAGGGCGAGCCGCUGCGCGUGUCGGACGUCCUGCACAAGGCCGUGAUCGAGGUGAACGAGGAGGGCACCGAGGCGGCGGCGGCCACGGCAGUGUUAAUGGAAGGUGCGGCGCGGUAUGCGCCGCCGCCGCCGCCAAGGGAGGACUUCGUCGCCGACCAUCCGUUCGCCUUCUUUGUGGUGGAGGAAUCGUCGGGCGCGGUACUCUUCGCGGGGCAUGUCGUUGACCCGACGAAAUCUUAGUCAACAGAAGUAUAGUAUCAUUGUUUUUGGAAAUUGCUCGAGUCUUAACGCUAAUGUCUACUUCUAUCCGUCCCAAAAAAAAAACUGUUUUCUCUUUUUUA